GAUUUUGUUACACGAGUUUUAUAUGUUCUUCUACUAAUGGUGGUUGGUGGUCUAUUUUAAUAUCUACACCCUUUUCGUAUCGGCAUGUGCAUGGCACAAAUUGUGGUAGUAUUUGGAGCAACAGGAAUGCAGGGAGGCUCAGUGGCUGAAAUAUUACAUCAAGACCCUAGCUACAAGGUUCGUGCAGUGACCAGAAAUGUUAACAGUGACAAAGCAAAGGCUCUGGCUGCAAAGGGUAUUGAGAUAGCACAGGCUGACCUAGAUGACCGCCAAAGUCUUGCUGAUGUACUUGACGGAGCUUACGCUUGCUUCAUUGUCACUGACACGCAAUUCAAACGAACUGACUGUGAAGAAUAUGAAUACAGUCAAGGUGAGAACGUCGCCGACAUCUGUAUGGUCAAGAAGGUCCAACACGUUGUCUUCAGCUCACAGCUGAAUGCUUUUGAUGGCAUGGGAUUGCAGGUCAAACAUUACGAUGCUAAGUCACGCAUUGAGGAAUUCAUGAAAGAGAGAGCACUACCAUUAACAACCAUCAUGAUUUCUUGUUACUAUGAAAAUUUUCUCACAUGGUUGAAACCACAGAAAUAUGGUGAACAUAUGUAUAAAGUUGCCAUUCCAAUGGGAAAUAUAUCGCUGGAUGUAAUAAGUGUGGCACAGAUAGGUGAAGCUGUCCGAAGUAUCUUAAACAACAGAGCGCAGACACUCAACAGGAACUUCCUACUCUCUGGUGACAAGUUAACUAUUGUAGAGAUAGCUCGAACGUUUAGUAAGCAUCUGAGACCUUACGAGUUUAUUGAUGCACAGAUCAACCUUGACCAAUAUAGGCCUGUCUCUUAUACACAUCUAGAUGUGUAUAAAAGAGUUUUGACACCUGGGUUCGGGAAAACAAGCAGGCAUUGA